UCCAGCCCGAGCACCGCUAAGCAGGAAGAGGCAGCCGCUGCGGAAGAGAGCAGGAGAUAUCACCCGCCUCUGACCCUCCACAGCGCGGCCGCGAUGAUAGGCGGGCAUUCCCUCAGCGGGCACCAGCAUUGUAUAGACCCAUCGCAGACGUCUGCACCGCACACUAAAAGGAUGAACCUACUUCUGGCAUCACUACUUUUCAGCAUUUUUCAAGUGCUCUCCGCUGCACCAAGACUGUUUCUGCCUAACAACGUGACUCUCCCUGAAAAUGCCCCGCAAAGUACACUGGUAGCCCGGAUGUCUGCCACAGCUGGUCCAUUUGAUGAAAUUGCUGGAGCACCUUAUAUAGUGAAUUCCAAUCCGGUGGUGCAUCCGUUCAUCAUUAUUCCAAAAGCUGACAAAAAUUGGGAGUUAAUAACAACUAGCACGCCCAAGCUGAACUUUGAAGCGGUCCCACUGUACACUCUGCAAAUCCUCAUUAAAGACAGUAAAGGGACAACAGCGACUUCAUCCAUUGUCAUUGAGAUUUCAAAGGUCAACAAAGCCCCAGUCUUCACUGGAACCCUGGCUGAAAGAGAUGCGGAGGUUUAUAUUGCUGAAAACACCAUCAUUUCCACAGUCAUUUACAAAGUGGCAGCCAAGGACCCGGAUAAUGACGUAUUGCGGUACUCUGUGAUAACUUCUCCAGGAAACACAGGAUUUCAGAUCGACAACACGGGAACAAUCACAACUACGCAGACAUUUGAUUAUGAAAGUAACAUAAAAAGCUAUACAAUAGCGGUGACUAUAAGUGAUGGUACUCUUUCAAACUCUGCAAAUAUAAAGGUCUACAUCAACAAUGUGAACGACAAUGACCCAACACUGACUUGCAUUUUUUCCAGUAUCGUUACAAGUGGGAUUACAACACAGACAGAAACAUCUGGAAACACAGUGCAAAUUAAACUGGAUGAGGAGCUUCCAGUUGGAACAACAGUGAACACCUGCACAGGUUUUGACGCAGACCAAAUGAAUGAUCUCACUUUUCUGUUGGACCCUGGAAAUACCUACUUUACAAUUCACAAAGAGACAGGAACAGUAAUAAUCAUUUCCAAGAUGGACAGCGAGGCGUUCGGCUUUGUCAGCGUUCAGUCCUAUACUGUGAAAGUAUGUGACAGGGACAAUAAGUGCGCCUCCAUCUUAGCGACAGCAGAAAUACUCCCAAUUAAUGAUAACCCUCCUUUCUGUACUCCGUAUUUGUACUGGUUUACAGAACCAGAGCCCAUUGCAGAUAACACAAUUGUCGCAACCUUGAAUUGUCAUGAUCCAGAUGUCCCACCAGAUGCUCUGGAAUAUCGCCCGCAGGGUGGGCCGCUUGGGGCAGGUAGACUUUUCAAGCAGAUGGUGGACAGUCCAAAUGUUAUACAGGUCAGUGGUAAUCUGGUGUACGAUACAGACCCAGUGACAACGUAUGAGAUGAUGGUAGCAGUGUCGGACUCACCGAACACACCACACACAGUAACUGCAACUAUAAUCGUGUCUGUGACUCCAGUGAACAACUUUGAUCCAGUGUUUGAUCCGACUACGUACACUUUCACUGUGCGGGAAUCAUCUAAAGCUGACACCAAAGUUGGACAAGUGACUGCUACAGAUAAAGAUCGCCCAAGCUGCAUAACGUAUAAUAUACGCGACGGCAACACUGGAGUUAUUGAUUUAUUUUGGAUAAACCCAAAGUCUGGAAGCAUUCAAUUAGUGACCCGGCUAGAUUAUGAGGUUCAGCCAUCACACACGUUGACUAUUGAGGCUACAGACUGUGACCCCAUCAAACCUCGUACAGCUCUGGCAACAGUCAAAAUUGAGGUAAUAGAAGAGAAUGACGAGGCCCCGGUGUGCAGGCCAUCCAGGUACACUGCUGUCAUCUACGACAAUAUCACCUCUGGGGUAAAUAUCAACAACUUCAGACUCAACUGCAAAGACAGAGACUCGGAAGACUCUUCCAUGCGCUUUCACAUAACAGGAAACAUGAAUAACCACUUUGCUUUUGAUCCCACUCACGGCUCCCACAAUCCUAAACUCAUUGUGAAAACCCCUUUUGAUUUUGACAAUGGAGCAGAUAAUCAACAGAAAUACAACCUGGUGGUCCAUAUAAUCGAUGACAAUGUUAAGAAUGUCUCGAUUAAAAAUCCGCAGACAGGAACAGCAAUGAUAAUGAUAAGGGUAAUAAGAACCAAUACACCGCCCCCACCUACAACGGACUACUAUAAGAGAAGAGGGCUAACAAUAGUAGACAAAGAAGUCAACACAUAUGAUUCUUCUGCCUGGUAUGUGCCCUUCCUCCUGACCCUAUUGGGAUUGUUCCUUGCUGCUCUGAUUGGCUGGUCAUUCCACCUUCUAUGGAAAUACACCAACAUAAAAACACUGUGCCAGGGUGCUAGAAACAGGAUGCCCAAAAAGAGGGUGAAUACUUACAAGGCAGGAACUAAGAAGGAGAAGGUGGAAGUGAUAACGGAAACAACAACCUAUGAAACGGUUUUUGAUGGUGCGGCUGUGGACCCAGUCACCGGGAACACAUACGAGUACAACACGAAGUCCGGAGCUAGACGGUGGAUGCCCGAUCAAGGCAAGGGAGACAAUGUGAAACUUUCAGAUAUUUCUACCGUGUCCGAAACCCUGGGGCCAAACAUUCCAUCUGCCCCGCCUACCUUAGGGGCAAGCUAACUGGACAGAAAGUGGACAUCUAUUUUAAGAUCAUCUGAUAACAUAUAAUGGAUAAUCCAAAUUGGUUAUUUUUAGAGAUGAGCGGAUUCGGUUUUACUCGGAUUUACUCGGUUCUCAAAACGGCAUCUUAUUGGCUCACGGAUUUUGG